UUUACGACAUCCUCUCAUUUUGUCUUCUGCGGUAAUUAGUUGUACCAUUCAAGAUGGCUGCGCACAUUGAAAACCUCAUGUCCAAAGUUUUGCUCGACUUUUCCGAAUGUUCCAGCAAACCUGAAGAAUUUCUUAAUGUUCAGCAGCAGUAUUUCCCCAAAUUCAAGCGCAUAACUAAAUCAGUUUAUGAUACAAGUCAGUCAGAAGACUUAAUUGGACAGCCUUUGAGUGAAUCAGCAUUGCCAGAACUGAUUGUUGAAAAUUUUGAUGAUGAACAAAUAUGGCAGCAAAUUGAACUUCAGAAUGAUGGUGUGAUUGAAAGUUUGUUAACACAAAUCAGCAGUGUUGUUACAGCCAAAGAUAAUCUGAGGCUGAGAACUAAACAGUCAGGUGCAGUCGGUCCUAGUGAUAAAAAAGUUAAAUUUCAGAAGAAGAUCUUGGAAAAUGAUGACAGUGAUGAGACAGAUGAUACUGACAUUGAAGUAGAAAAAAUUAAAAGUCGACUGGGAGACGAUGAAAUAGAAGAGAAUGUAGACAGUGAUGACAGUGGAAAAAAUGUUUUUAAGGGAAAUAAUGUGCUAGACAUCGAAAGUGAUGAUGACAGUGAAAUUGACUUUAAAUUUCCCUCCUUAAAACCACCACCUCAAGACGAAGAGGGUUCAGAUAGUGAUGAUGAGAAUGUGAUUAAGAAAGAGAUGACUAGAUCUAAAGGAAAGGGGUCGAAGAAGAAGCAAGCGCCGAGUGUGGUGGAUGAUAAAUUCUUCAAGUUAGCAGACAUGGAGGCAUUUUUAGAACAAGAGGAUGCAAGAGAAGAGAAGAGGAUGAGAGGAGAAGAGAGCGAGUCAGAUGAAGAGGAUGUUGACAUGUUUAUGGACAUUCCAUCAGAUGAGGAGGGAGGAGAAAGUGGGAGAAAGUUGAGGUAUGAAGACUUCUUUGACCCCCCAGAAGAUGAAGGUAAAUCCAGAAAACAGAAGAAAAAAGUGAAACACCAGAAAAGUUCAAGUAAUGAAGAAGAGGAUGAUAAGAAAAUGUUUGAUGAAGAAGUAAUGGAGGAAGAUGAAGGUGUGGAAGAUGAUGACAGUGUAGAUGAGGACUCUGAAGUUGGAGAAGAAGAGGGUAGAGCCACUAGCGGGAGUAGGCGGGAUCUGCUCGAGUCUGAUAGUGAGGGGGAGGAUCCAGAUGUGGUGUUGGGUAGAAAACCUCAAGAGAAAUCAACGUUUGAGAAACAGCAAGAAAAGCUGAGAGAAAAGAUCUCCAAAAUGGAGGAGGCAAAUCUAAGUGAGAAACCAUGGCAGCUCUCUGGUGAAAUCGGAGCAACAGAUCGCCCUGAAAACAGUCUAUUGGAGGAGCACCUGAUGUACGACCAGACGGUGAAACUCGCACCGGUGAUCACGGAGGAGACAACGCAGAGCCUGGAGUCCAUCAUCAGACAGAGAAUCAAAGACCGCGCCUACGACGAUGUGGAGAGGAAGGUCAAGCCCAAGGACAAUCCGUACGAGUACAAGAAGAGGAUAGUGCUGGACCAGGAGAAGAGCAAGAUCAGCCUGGGGGAAGUCUACGAACAGGAGUACCUCAAAAAGCAGAAGGAAGAGGAGGAGGAGAAAACAGACCCUCAACAUGAGGAAAUCAAGAAGAUGAUGCAGUCCCUCUUCAUCAAAUUGGAUGCACUGUCCAACUUCCAGUACACGCCCAAACCUGCUGCCCCUGAAGUAAAGAUAGUGACCAACCUACCGUCAAUCAUGAUGGAGGAGGUGGCCCCGGUAACCCAUGGCGAUGGCACGCUGCUGGCUCCUGAGGAGGUCAAGGAUAAAAGAAGAGGUGAACUGAAAGGUAAAACAGAGCAGACAGAGACAGACAAGAAAUCACAGAGACGGAUGAAGAAGGCCGAGAAGAGGAAGAGGAUUCGGGAGAAGAAGAAGAGGCAGGCACUGGUGGAGAAGUUGAACCCAGGCCUGGGGAACAAGUACAGCAAGGAGAGGGCGCUGAAGGAGCUGGAGAAGAGCAGCAAGUCAGGGUCAGGGGUCACCAUGCUCAAGGAUGAGAAGAACUCGACCAAACAAAAGCUCAGCUCCUCCAAGUCAUUCUUUACACAGCUCCAGGAGGACGCCCAAUCACAGAUCAAGAAAAGAAAGACUGACGCCACAACCCAAAAAUCUGUACAAAAGUCGGCCAAAUUAUAUAAAUUAUGAUAAAACUCC